UGCUCCUCAGGGAUGAGUCGUCCUGUGGCCCACGAAGAUGCCGUCGGGCUGGACCAGCAGUUGGCUGGCCUGGACGUGACCUCGGCCGAGCCGCAGGCCGGGGGCAGCGCGGCCAGCAGAGCGCGCUACAUCCCCCCGCAUCUGCGGAACCGGGAGGCCAGGGCGGCCUCGGACCGGGACAAGGACGGCCCGGCGCGCUGGAGUUCGGGCAAAGAGAAGGACGCCUACAGCAGCUUCGGGUCUCGGAGCGAGUCGAGAGCCAAGUCGUCGGGCUUCUUCGGGGACCGCAGCGGCGGCGCGGGCUCCAGGGCCAGGUUUGACGACCGGGGCAAGUGCGACUACGACGGCGGCCGCGCCGGGAGGAGCGGCUUCGGCAAAUUCGAGCGCGGCAGCGGCGGCGGAGGAGGAGGCAGCCGCUGGUGCGACAAAUCGGACGAAGACGACUGGUCCAAGCCGCUGCCGCCCAGCGAACGCCUGGAGCAGGAGCUCUUCUCCGGAAGCAACACGGGCAUCAAUUUUGAGAAGUACGACGACAUUCCAGUGGAGGCCACGGGCAACAACUGCCCCCCGCACAUCGAAAGUUUCAGCGACGUGGAGAUGGGCGAGAUCAUCAUGGGAAACAUCGAGCUCACUCGGUACACGCGCCCGACUCCAGUGCAGAAGCACGCCAUCCCCAUCAUCAAGGAGAAGAGGGACCUGAUGGCGUGUGCCCAGACAGGCUCUGGGAAAACGGCCGCAUUUCUCCUGCCCAUCUUGAGUCAGAUUUAUUCAGACGGUCCCGGUGAAGCUUUGAGGGCCAUGAAGGAAAACGGAAAGUAUGGGCGCCGCAAACAGUACCCUAUCUCCUUGGUUCUGGCACCGACGAGAGAAUUGGCCGUACAGAUCUACGAGGAAGCCAGGAAGUUCUCAUACCGAUCCAGAGUCCGCCCUUGUGUGGUUUACGGCGGUGCUGACAUCGGCCAGCAGAUCCGCGACUUAGAACGUGGGUGCCACUUGUUAGUGGCCACUCCGGGACGUCUUGUGGACAUGAUGGAGAGAGGAAAGAUUGGACUGGACUUCUGCAAAUACUUGGUGUUAGAUGAAGCUGAUCGGAUGUUGGACAUGGGUUUCGAGCCUCAGAUACGCAGAAUAGUGGAACAAGAUACUAUGCCUCCAAAGGGUGUCCGCCACACUAUGAUGUUUAGUGCCACUUUUCCUAAGGAGAUACAGAUGCUCGCCCGCGAUUUCUUGGAUGAAUAUAUCUUUCUGGCUGUAGGAAGAGUUGGGUCUACUUCUGAGAACAUCACACAGAAAGUAGUUUGGGUGGAUGAAGCAGACAAACGGUCAUUUCUGCUUGACCUCUUGAAUGCCACCGGCAAGGAUUCGCUGAUACUAGUGUUUGUGGAGACCAAAAAGGGCGCCGAUUCUCUGGAGGAUUUCUUAUACCAUGAAGGAUAUGCUUGUACCAGUAUCCAUGGAGACCGAUCCCAGAGGGAUAGAGAAGAGGCUCUUCACCAGUUUCGCUCAGGGAAAAGCCCUAUUCUCGUGGCCACAGCAGUAGCAGCAAGAGGACUGGACAUUUCAAAUGUGAAACAUGUCAUCAAUUUUGACUUGCCUAGUGAUAUCGAAGAAUAUGUACAUCGCAUUGGCCGUACUGGACGUGUGGGGAACCUCGGCCUUGCCACCUCAUUCUUUAACGAGAGGAAUAUAAAUAUUACUAAAGAUUUAUUGGAUCUUCUUGUUGAAGCCAAACAAGAAGUGCCGUCUUGGUUAGAAAACAUGGCUUUUGAACACCACUACAAGGGUAGUGGUCGUGGACGUUCCAAGAGCAGGUUUAGUGGGGGGUUUGGUGCCAGAGACUAUCGACAAAGUAGUGGCGCCAGUAGUUCCAGCUUCAGCAGCAGUCGGGCCAGCAGCAGUCGUGGCGGCGGCGGUGGCGGUGGUGGCAGUGGCGGUGGCGGCAGCGGCGGCCACAGCAGCAGCAGAGGAUUUGGUGGAGGUGGCUAUGGAGGCUUUUACAACACUGACGGAUAUGGAGGAAACUAUAGCUCCCAGGGGGUUGACUGGUGGGGUAACUGA